AGUGUAAUCAUUGUAAUCUCAAAAUAACCAUGGAUACUGAGAUCAGCGCGCCGCCGCGCCAUCCUGCAGCGUUUCGGACCUGGAAUGGUUGCACGGCCGAGAGAACAACGUCAUCCGAGGACAGUCCGUAAUCCCCUGUGGGUGGCGGCCGGGGGUUGGGCGUGACUGAGAGAAGAAAAAGGAACCAAUGUCGUCGUUUUUUCCUUCGAUCAUUUGUUUUUCUUUCUUUCCCCAUCGAUAUCAUCUUCUGACAGUCCCCGCAUAUAUCUAUUGACAUAUCUUCUUGGCUGUAUCUUUUGUUCAGCUGAAUCACUUGCUUCCUUAUACUUCCUAUACUUCCUUGUACCUUCUGUGCGAUCAUCUCAGAUCCAGUUCCCCGUUAUCUCGCACUGCAUUGAACAAUGGCAACUGCCGAAAAGCAACAACAGAAGCCGGCCCUCCAGGCUGACGAGUAUUCGGACGGCGAUUAUACCGACGACUACGACAGUGACGAUCUGUCCGAGACCGAGGGCAAGCAGAAACCACAACAGUCGAACCAACGGCGCCAGCGACGCCGGCGUGACGACGACUAUGACGACGAUGCCUAUUAUUCCGACGAAUACUCGGAUGAAUACUCAGACGACGAUGACUAUGACCAAGCGAACAACAGCCAAGCCAUGGUCAAGCCCGGGGGGCGAUCGGUAGCCCAGCCCAGCAAUAACAACAACACCACCACCAUCUCUAGCGGAGACACUGGGGAAAUGGCUGCCCCCAAGGGGAGUGCAUUAGACGAACAAGACGGGCUGAAGCUGAAGCUGGAAUUGAACCUCGAGAUUGAAGUGGAGUUGAAGGCUCACAUCCAUGGUGAUUUGACCUUGUCGCUGCU